UUAAAUCCUUAACCAAAGGAAAAAAAACACACAUACGGGGAAUAACUGCAGUAAUAGUACAUGUUCACAAGAAUUCCCUGAGUAUGUCUGUCUCAUUUCGUACAUAACCCAUCACUCCCACAGGAAACGGAAAGAGAAUUUGCAGUUCCCCCUCUCUCUAAGAACUUUCUCUACUUCUUGUUCAUAUAUACGGAUCAUAUUCGUACACAUAUUUAUAGAGGAAUCAGGGAAGAAUAUAACAUGCCAGGCAGUUUGGAGCCAUUGGAUGUGGGCGUGCAGAUCCCCUACCAUUUUCUGUGCCCAAUUUCGCUUGAGCUGAUGCGUGAUCCGGUGACUGUUUGUACGGGCCAGACGUAUGAUCGGACUACUAUUGAGUUGUGGGUGGCUAAAGGAAAUACGACGUGCCCGUUGACCCGCUCGCCGUUGACGGAUAUUGCUCUCAUUCCGAAUCAUACUCUCCGGCGGCUUAUUCAGGACUGGUGCGUUGCGAACCGGUCGUUUGGUGUGGGGAGAAUUCCUACGCCGAAACAGCCUGCGCCUCAGACAAUAGUGAGGAAUUUGUUGAAUCAGGCGUCCUCUAUGUCGGCGCCGUUCGGUUUGAGAUUGUCGGCUUUGAGGAGACUCAGAGGACUCGCGCGUGACUCCGAUAAGAAUCGGUCUGUCAUUGCAGCGAAUAACGCAAUUGAGAUUCUUUUCGCUAUUGCAUUUUCCGAUUUGGGUUCUGAUUCGAAUUCUUCCGAGUUGAGUCAUGAGUCACUUGCGGUUUUGUCCCUGUUUUCGCUCUCGGAGCCGAAGUGUAUGUUUGUGGCAGCCAAUUCUGACAGAGUUGGAUACCUUGUGAAUCUACUUUUUCAUUCUUCGAUUGACGUCCGAGUCAACUCGGCCGCAGUGAUUGAAAUUGUAGUAUCCGGGAUAAGGUCCCCGGCUCUCCGAGAACAAAUCAGUGAUGCUCCCAAAAUAUUCGAAGGUAUCGUCGGAAUUUUGAGCUUUCCAUUAGCAUAUCGUAGGGCAUUGAAAAUUGGAAUCAAGGCGUUGUUCGCCUUGUGCUUGGUGAAGCAGCACCGGCACAAAGCGGUAACGGCGGGAGCUGUGGAGGCCCUGAUUGACCGCUUGGCGGAAUUCGAAAAAUGUGAUUCGGAGAGAGCACUCGCCUUAGUUGAAUUACUCUGCCGGAUUCCUUCUGGUUGUACAGCGUUCGCAGCCCAGUCGCUGACGGUACCGCUUCUUGUAAAAAUCAUUCUAAAAAUCUCCGAGCGUGCAACCGAAUAUGCCGCCGGGGCAUUGCUCUCACUCUGCUCCACCUCCGAGCUGACUCAGCGUGAAGCCGUGGCCGCUGGCGUGUUGACUAAGCUGCUGUUGCUUGUUCAGAGUGAUUGUACAGAAAGGGCAAAGCGUAAAGCGCAACUGCUCCUGAAAUUGCUGCGGGACUCCUGGCCUGAGGACACACUUGCAAAUUCGGAUGAUUUUGCCUGCAGCGACGUCGUUCCUUUCUGAUUUUAUCCUUAAUUGAAACUCUAUUUUUGUUGUAAGUGUAAAAUGGGAAAAAUAAAAACAAAGGAAUAUAGGUGUCAUUAGGAGGGUUAUGAUUUUAGUACAUAGGGUAUUGUAUUGCUGUAUGUAUUCUUGUAAGUAAGAAUUUUUAGUUGGAUAAUUUUUUUCCUUUAAAAUGGAAAGAAAACUCGGGUCUUCAUUU